UUCUCCUACGUGGAUGCCCAGGGUGAGAGCAUAAACGAGGUACAGAUGACCUUCCUGCGGUUGCUGAGUGCGUCUGCGCGGCAGAACUUCACCUACAUGUGCCAGCAGUCGGCUGCGUGGCAGGACCGUGCCAGCGACAGCUACGACAAGGCUCUACGCUUCCUGGGCUCCGAUGACCAGGAGAUGUCCCACGACAACAACCCCUUCAUCAAAGCCCUGCACGAUGGUUGCAGUACGAGGAAGGGCUUGGACAAGACUGUUCUGGAGAUCAACACUCCCAGAGUGCAACAGGUGCCCAUCAUUGACUUCCUAGUGAGCGACUUCGGGAAGCCCAGUCAGAAGUUUGGAUUUGAAGUUGGUCCCGCCUGUUUCGUGGGCUAGUAGGAGAGGCGAUGGGCCGAGCAACCACUCGCUGACCCUGCUCAAGACACCUGCAAGUUCUGCGGACGUACGGACGGAGGGUCGGUCUGUAGCCGCUAGGACUCACUGACUGACCGGCGGGGUGGUGUUACUGACCACGGGCCGUACAGCAGAGGGGUCUCUGGCCAAAACAUCUGCUGCCUGUCACCCACACCAGUGUUUACCAGGCGGGUGGUCCUCUGGUGCUUCAGCCCUGAGCUGGAGAUGGAUUUUAAUGAACUGUAAUUAUUCCUUUUGUAAAUUAUCUCGACUUUCAGAACUUGCAAAGUGUCUCCAACGGCCAACGUCGGUCCGCGCCUUUACCAAUAACUUUAUAUUUGUAAAAUUAAUUAUAAAAUAUACAUUGAAAAUAAACUGCUAGCCUCUUGUGA